GUGCUUGGGUGACUCAAAAUGAAGCGGCUGAGUCAACUAGCUCUCGGUAUUUUUAAACCUGACACAGGAUGUAAGAGCCAGUUUGGGCUGAACAAGAGGACGAACAUCUGCCCCCAGGUUCCGCUAUUUUAAGACGAGACAUCGCUAGUUACAAGUAAGCUGACGUGACUGAUACCAGCGCUGGUUGGUUUCAACUCUGACUUGUGGCUUAAUUUGAGCACUGCACCUUUAAAAAACAAACUGUUCCCAGUUUUCAUUCCCAACUGACGACCGGUGGCCACGUACGGCUCCGUGCUCCAACGGUUAUCUCACGGUCUGGUCGUUAACGGUAGACUACUUUUAUCAGCGAACGACAUUAGCUAUUUGAAUUACUUUGAAGUUCUUUUUUCUCGCCGGAGGUGGCGGAGGAUAAAGUUUUGAAUGAAUGUUCCCCGCUGGGAGUGUAAGGCGGGAGGAGGGGGCAGUUUGUGGGGUCGCCUAGGCUAUCGGAUCUGGGAUCGGCUCACAUUUAUAAACAGACAGACGGCGGCUUGUUCGGGGCAGAGCUGAGCUGAACGGGCGGCCGUUUCACCGAGGAGGACGCGGAGUUUUAAACUUUUAAUUGUUGACCUCGGACGAUUAAAAGACGAAGGGGGGAGUUUUGGAAUAACAGAAAAGUUUCACCGCGGGUCUGGAGCCCUGUCAAGACUACGAGCUGCUGGACUGUAAGCUAAAACUCUGGAAAUAACGUUACUCUGUAACUCUAAACAUUACAGACUUGUGAUUUAGUUAGGCUUUAGCCUUUUAAGAUAACAACUUGUAACUUUUCUUUACUGAAGCAGAAACUCAAAGUAUCUUCAAAAUGGAUAAAUACGAGGAUUUAGGACUCGAGGCGAGUAAAUUUAUCGAGGACCUAAACAUGUAUGAAGCAUCCAGAGAUGGUUUAUUUCGCACGAGGAAGGAUGCGGGAAAUAACCCCGACUUUGAAGAGACAAGAAAAGUUUUUGCCUCCAAAAUGACUAAAAUACACAUGCAGAAACACCAAGAGGAGAUGGCAAAAAACAACAAUGCCAUGAAAAUGAAUGGGGGCCACAGCAGCACAUACUGCACCAAAGACAGACCGCCCAUCAAUAGUUACAGACAGCCGGGUGAAGCGGCAGCGAAGCCCCCGAUAGUCUCUGGCCCUGUGCCGGGCACCACGGCUGGGACUCAGUCCGCACCGUUUGACGGCCAGAAACACACAAUCAUUCAGUCUGAGCUUCCAGCCGGCAAGGCAUAUGGCUACGGAAAUAAUUAUGAAAAUAUGGAGCGCUUAGAGUCACAUUCAUAUCAGCACAGCACCCAUACUCCCCCCAGUCCAGGAAACGCGCCUCAUAGCACGCCCGCGCAUGCUCGUCAACCAGUCAGCCAGCCGGCUCCUUGGGCCCCAUCCACGGAGAGCCAGCUCUCCCCAUCUUGGUCUGGGUCUGGGAGUUUAUCUCAGGAGCAGCCCCAGCGCCAGUCUGUACCUCCCACCGCCACCAGUCUAACAUCCCACCAGAAUCAGGCUGUCACCCCAUCUGUAAACCGGAGUCCACCCUCCUCUGCCGGGCCAGCCAGGGGAUGGGCCGGAGAGCCCUCUGGCUCCGCAAAACCGGACCUCAUCCCUGCCCUGCCUUUGAGUGCCUUCACAGGAGGAGCUGACUUCCACAUUCAGCAGCACUCCACACAGUCUGGAGCCCAUUACGCACCACCUUCUCUAACCUCGAGGCCCUCUGCCAGCCACAAUGGUACUGUGGCAGCUUCCUUGCUCCCACCGGCACCUUCUGAAACACCUCAACCCAAAGCCCAGGUGACACCUGCUGCCUUGAUCCCUGGUAACGUCUCUAAAAUCAGCAGCCAGGGUCAAGGUCAGAAGCAAAUACCCGGCUGUGGACAGGCCGUCAGUGCUGAAGCUGAAGUCCUGUGCCCCCCUAAGCCUGUCCAACUACUCUGCCAGCCUCUCCUCACGCAGCCCCCUGCACAGGGGCCCUCAACAGCGGAAAUAAAAUUAGAAGCCCUCACUAAGCGGCUGGAAAAAGAGAUGGAUGCCCAACCAAAGGCUGACUACUUUGGUAAGACCGUUUAGACUACCCAGCAUCAACAAGGGGCUUCUGUCAGUUAGGCUACUGCAGUAAAACCCAUAUAACGACAGGAAAGUUCAGAACAUAAAUCGACUUGUUUCCCUUCUGUGUUUCCCUUACCCACAGACACACACAUUUGUUGUUUGCAUAGCUUAAUUAGUAGUGCCACCCAGUUGUCUUAUGUCUGUGUUUGGUGGCAUUCUUGAUUGUCUCUGCUGAGAAAAUAGCUGAACUUAUUAGGCACACGCCGUGGGAGGCCUCUCCUUUUCUUCUGUGGAAUGCAGACAGAAUAAUUUUCUAAUUUGUUUCAUGUCUUCUGUUAAAUGAUUCAUUGUCUGCCCUCUUGGCAACUGAAACAAACCCCACUGCAGUAAAAGGUGGGGCCAGAAAGAAGAAUGUUGCCCUCUUAUUGUGUCCCACAGAUUUAAUGGAUUACUAUUGAGACGACAUUGAUAACAAAACUCAUUAGUGAGAAUUAAAUCACUUCUGUCAGAUCUGUACUUCAUUAAGUCUGUGACUGUUUUAAAGCUUCUUCCCAUGUUGAGGUUGUUUGACUGACAGUGGCGUUCACUGUUUUCUGAAUGGUGUAGCUACUGCAGAACUGUGCUUGCACAUUUCUCAUGACUUUUUUUAUGAGCUUGCCAUGCAUGCUUAUGCACGUGAUGAACAGGAAAAUCAAAUGAUGACUAACUACACCUGUGACUGUUAGUUCUGGCAUGUGGAGGCAUAAAACACUAUCUUGGAGAUCCUUUAUUGAUUGUUGAGUUAGCCCAGUCUAUCCUUGCAUUUGUUGGAAUUAGAUACAUUUUUACAUACUAUGAUUACCAAUGCAUAAAAAAGAGGAGAAAAGAUUAUAAUAAGUACUGACAAGGUCAUUGGCUGAGAAACAAAGGUAGGCAGGGCUGUUAAAAAAUUUCCAUCAUCAGCAGAGUACUCAGGUUUCUGUUCCUCAUAUCACUGCCUGUAACACUUAAGCUGCCCAAGUGGACUGCAGGAGUGCUAUCAGGCAAUUAGUGCAACAUUGGAAAAAAAAAAACAUGCUUUGCUGUGAGGUCAGCUGACAGGGGACAGAUGCUGUAAAUAGGUGAGAUAUACUGUAUGUUGCUGGGAGUGUGUUUGAUGCAGAGAGAGCUGGUGCUCGUGGUCGGCAGGCGUUUGGAGCCAAGGCCAUUCAUGAAAACGGGAUGUCCCGCUCGACAGUGAGAGAGAGAGCACGAGGUGGUGGAUGUCGUGUUCGAAGCCACAGAGCACCCUCAUCGCACACUUGCACACAGUCCGCCCUUGCCUCCUUUGCUGAAGGAAUUUCCUGCUGGAAUGUCACAUUUGUAAUCCACAGCCUUUUUCAGCCCUCCUGGUGUGUCGCGUAAGGGAAGAUGUUCUGGCGUACGUCAAUGUCACGAACAAGGCUCAUAAAUAGCGAGAGAGAGAGAGAGACAUGAAUAUUACGGAUGUGUGGGAGAGGACUGUGUGCAGUCAGAAGUGGAAGUCUAAAAGUAAUAGUGUCUUUUUGCGCACACACAUUCCCAUGUAGCCCACACACAGUUUCUGUAUGGAGUUUCCCACUAGGCCAUGGCUCAUUCUCUGAGUCAUGCUUUUAUGCUAGAAAAAAACUGUGUAGGUAGGUAAUUUUCUUCACAAAGUUUCACCAUAGAAGACCUUUAUAGUUGUGAAAAUUAAUAUGCUUUUUAAAGUCUCUGCCAGUGCCCUGGCGGUGUUUAAUCAAUCCAGCCUGAGCGAAGGGUGUGCCUUAACAUAUUUAAUGAUAUAACGGUAUAAUAUUUAAUAUGAUUUUUAAAAAAUUAUAUUGUUGACUUAGUGAUGUAAUGCUGUCAUACCGUUACACACUGCAACAACAAGCAAGGCAAAAAGCAAAAGUAACAUUGCGACCGGCUCCACAGUGGAGAAGUUAGUUCCAAAAAGAGUGACUUUAGAAUCACAACAAACCAAGUUAACAUGUAAAAAGUGCAAGAAGAUUUUAAAGGGGGCCAAACAGCAAACUUAUUUCACAACCUCAAGCAGAAGCACCUGGUUGAGUAGGGAGGAGAGCUCAACAGCUAUUGUUAUUGAGUUCGAAUCCAGUAAUAUUUUUUUAACUAUUUUGUCAUAUCCUCAAAAAUAUUAUCGCAAAAAUACCCUGAAAUAUUGUGAUAUUAUUUUAUGGUCAUAUCUCCCACCUCUAGUCUGAGCUGCGUCCAUACACGGGGCUGGGAUACAUCAGAGUUCCCGGCUGGACGCUGAGUGCUGAUUGGGGAUAACUGCAGAUGGAGGUUCUGGGAAAAUGAAUUUGGUGCCAAACGGCUGCACCGGGGGAACACUGAGGAAUGUCUGAAGGAGGAGAGACAGGAAUUUUUUGAAAUGAGGUCUUAAGAUACAAAGGGGGGCGGAGUCCCACACAAGUUUAGAGGUGCCUGCGGAGCGGUUCAAUGGAUGAGGAGACAAACAGAGAGAUUUAGGGACAGUUUGUGGAUGCUCCUUUGGCCCUGGCCACAGGAGCUGGAGAGGAUGUGAGAUUUAUAGAAAAGUUCAUCAAGUGGUGGGACAUCCCAGUGUCUGCCUCCCUCCCCUCUUCCUCUGACUUUCUCACACACACACACACACACACACACACGUACUAAGUUGAACGUUUAGUGUUGUGUUAAGAUGGAGGAUUAAUUUAUCCCAUCUGGCUGUUGAGUGGAAAGCUUUGUUUUAACUCUUCCCAGGGAUUCUUGGCUUCUGCUCUGGCAGGCAUUUGGAGGCUGACGUGUGUGCGUGCGUGUGCGUGCGUGUGUGUGAGUGAGAGAUCCUCUCAAGCACUUAUAUGUAUCUGUAUGUCUGUGAAUAUAUGGCCUGCGGUAUUUGACUGAAUCUAAUGUGCUUUGUCACUUCUGGUUGUGGUGUGGUAAAAGUAAGACAUAAGUAAGACAUAAGAUGUGUUAUAGGAGGAAUAUAGUAAACAUUUUUGUUAGAAAUGUUAUCUAUCAGUGCUCAGUCGUUUUAAAGUUAUGCUUAAAAAUAAAAGUAGCAUACUUAUAAAUACUCUAAAUACUUACUCUACAAUCGGCAGACUGCCCAGUACACAUCUUCCACUUCCUUUAAGUAGUUAGCUAAAAAGUAGAGGAUAAACUUUUGAAAUAACUAACCAGAAGCAGUGUGUAAAGAGAGUACAUUACUCAAGUCCUGUACUGUACCCCGACUUUGUGAUCCAAGAUGGCUGCUCUGAGUAUCAACAGUAAGUGAAAGCUGUAGUUUAUACUGUUUAUUUGCACUUCUGUGUACUUGUGUCUCAUAUAAAUUUUCAUAAACAGUGCUGUUCAACUGC